AUGCAUUCACUUGCACAGGAAAUUCAAGGAUUUUCGAAAACAAAACUGAAAAAGCAAAGCACUGUUGUGACAACUGUGCUCGGGCGACGGCACAUAGAAACAAUGGACGACACCAACAUGCACGAAAAUGAGGACCCAGUGAUGUCAGGCUGUGGAUUUGUUCAAGAUACUAGCUUGGAUCUUCAAGUUGGCAUUAUCAAGCCAUUUCUACUACUCUGUAAGACAUCAUCAUUAGUUAUGUUUCCAUUAACUUGUCCAGUGAUUUGUUUGUUCGUUUUUUUGUCGACAUUUAGAAAGUUAACAUAGAAAAUAGAUCCGACAAUUGUCUUCUAUCGAGCGUUUCAUUUUACUCUCUUGUUUAUUUUUUAUUUAUUUUUUACAUUUCAAAUUACAAUAACAAAAACAACAGGACAUCACUACACAUAUUUUCUCUGGAGAAACAUAAAAUAACAUUAAAGUAAAAUAAUAAAAUCAAUACACAUGAAUUUUGUUUCAAAAGUUAAAGUACCUAAAAUAAAAUAAAUAAAAUAAGGUCAGGGGUUACAAAUGUACAAACCUAUGAUAGAGUUGUAAGAAUUCAUUGUUUUUCUUGUUAUUGAUUAAUUCUAGAGAUUUUAUUAAAUAUUGGAUUUCAAGUAAAAAUAUAUUGCAUUUGGGGACAGUUUUCAAAUAUUUGUUUUUGUGUAUAUAAAAUUUACCAGAGAGAAUGAAGGAAUGAACGACUAAUUCAGUAGUUUUGUUCUCAUUUGAAUAAUAACAUAUUAUAUCUUUCAUUGUAAAUAUAUGGGUCUUAUUAAUGAAAUAAAACAUGUAGAUACUUAACUCGCUCCAAAAUAACUUCAGAGUCACAUUCAUAAAAAAUGUGUAUAAUAGUUUCCCCUUCUUUAUCACAGAAAAGCCAUAUGUCCUCUAAGUCCAUUAAUUUAGACAAGUUAUUGCAAGGGUAUAUUUUGUGCAAGAUUUUAAAGUGAAUUUCUUUUACUUUAUUUGAUAUGCAACAUUUGUGAGGGAGCAACCAAGCUUUCUUACAUUCAAUUUCAGCAAUAUAUGCAUUCCAGAAGAAUUUCCCUCAAGGAGAGAUCUUGGAGUUAAAAAGUUAUCUUAAGAAUGUAGUAUUACAUUUCUUAUCCAGCAGGGGGAAACCUUCUAACAUAAAUUGUGCAUCUAUCUUGACAUGUUCUCCAAAUCACAAUUGAGAUUUCAUUAAUUAAGUCCUGAAGGUAUUGCUUUGCAUAUAGAAUUACAUUCUUUAUAAUGUAUUGGGAAGUUAUAUGUUUCUAAGAACUUUCUAUAAGAGAGUAUAUUUCCUUGUUUAUCAAAUAAAUCAAGCACAAAUAUAAUAUUUCUUUCAAACCACUUAGGGAAGAACAAAGACUUGUUUUUAACAACAAUAUCUUUGUUGUUCCACAGAAGUGCCUUUUGUGGGGAGAAGUUGUGGACAUAGUUUCCAGGCUAAAAGGGCUUGUUCAUGAAAUGUGGACAGUUUGAUGGGUUAAUUUUGCUGGAGAAUAGUUGCACUUCCACAAAAAUUGAAGACCACCCAAUUUCAUAAAAAUAUGACAGUGAAUUAAGUACCAAAUAGAUUCAGAGCUAAGCAUGCAUAUUUUUAUCCAGGUGCUUUGCCCUUCUUCAUAGAUUUAAGCGCAUCUCUAAUCUCUACUAUAGAAAACUCAUCUUUACAUAUGGACUUGAACUCAUCAGAAAUAAUUGGAACAUGAACAUGUUCGCAUUCAGUCCCAUUAAAAUUAGAUUUAUACAGAUUUUCAUAGAAAGAAUUCACAAAGCUAGAGAUGAUCUUAGGGUCUUUACACAAGGUAUUGUCAAUAUUUAAGGCAGAAAGAGAUUCUCUCUUAUAGUUCCUUUUUUCAAUGGCAAAAAAAUUGCUUGUGUUUUUCUCACCACCCUCAACCCAUUUUGCUCUAGAUUCAGGAGUGAAUUAUUAUGUUUCCAGUAUCCUCGAAUGCCACUGGAUUUUUCAGAACAUUCUAACUUCAAUAAUAUCAUUUUUAUGAUCAGUGAAAGGAGCAUGUUUAUGAUUUCUUGUACAAACUGUAAAAGUGGGGGAGAAAUGAGAAACAGAUCAAUUCUGGAUCUGACCAUCAUUGACCUAUUACACCAGGUGUAUUCUUUUAAGUUUGUAUUCAAGAAACGCCAUGUAUCAACCACUGUCAGUUUACUGCAAAAUGAGGUGAUGAUGUCACUAUUCUGAGCUCUUUGAGCUAUUCUAGGGGGAAAUCUAUCAGGUGUUUCAUUAAAGUCUCCAGUUAUUAUAAGCCAUGCAUUUGUAUACUUGUUUUGCAGCUCAGUAAGCUUAUCAGCAAGAUCCAAAAAGAAAGUCUUAUUUGAGGUGUGAGAAUUGUACCCAUACACAUUGCAUAUAAUAAAACAAGCAUUAUCUAGUUUGGAGAUCAAUAUAACCCAUCUCCCAUCUUUGGACACACAAGACUCUGAAAUAUCACCUCUAAAUUUAUGAAGCAAUAUCAUAGUACCAGCUGAGUGAUUAGACCCGUGACUAUAAUAAAUAGUAUUUCCCCAUUGUGAUUUCCAAAAACUAGAAUCUGAAUCGCCAGUCUCCUGGAGUAGAAUGAAAUCUGCCUUAGAGUGCUUUUUCUUUUAGUUAUGUUUCAUAAACCCCUGGCAUUUAGAGAUACAAUAUUUAGUGCAUUGAAUUAAAAACGUUUCAUAACCUGAAAAAAAUUACAAUAAUAAAACAAAUACAGUGUAGUGAUAUGAAUAACUGAUUAACUAGUAAGCUAGGUAGCUAGUAAGGGAAUCUGAGCUUAGAGAAAGAACUGGACUACCCUAAACUGAGGUAGUUGUGAUCAAUAUGAUGAACCCAUAUUCACAUUUACGAACCUGGUGAUAUAAAACGGGAUGAAUGUAAAAAUGACAAUCAACUUAUUACUCGAGUAAUUUAGCUAAAUCUUAACGUUUUCAUUUGACUUAGAAAUAAUAACAAACAUCGAUUUCAAGUCAAUGUAGCUAAACGUCCCUUUUUCAGGACCCUGUCUUUCAAAGAUAAUUCAUAAAAAUCUAAAUUACUUCACAUUUCCGCUUAUAAAUCUGUGUACACCGUAUAUCGAAAUGGCUUGCAUUUAGCGAUAGCCUUGGUUCCCACGGGCACAUAGUAUAUUUUCUGAGCCUGUGUGAUGUAGGAUGUGAAAUCGGAAACCACUUGAAGCUGGGAUGUCCCUCCAACCAUUUAAUUUGCUCUUCCGACUUCAUCAACUCCUGGCUGAACCCUAUAUCUUAGUCUUCUUCUUCUCCGGUAUAUUGGCGAUCGCACAAUUUAAUGUGCAUCUCGCCACCUAAUGUGCUGGAUGGAAAGAGGAUUCCCAAAAAUGGAACAAAAUACAUUUGAGCUCUUUAUCAAAAAACAACAGGACCGACAGACUUUCUUCUUUUUCCCCAUUCACCCAGCGGGUCAGACGCCGGGCAUCAACCACACCAGGAAUUUUCUUCAGGUAUUCAACCGGAACAUCCGUUGUCACCCCUGAGAUGACUCCUUUGACGGGUGCUCUACUCCGAAGUUCAAAACACACAACUUCUGUUGUCCGGAUUCUUUUGAGGCUCACUGCAAUCUUCCUCUGUUCUUCAGAAAUACAAUUAAUCAAAAUAAGACCACUCAUGGUCACUCUCACAGACUCCACUUUUCCUAGCGCAUACUUCACCGUUUUCGACACCUCAAACGGGUUUCCCACAUAUGCGUCCUUACUCAACAAACGCAUCCCAACAACAAGUGAUUCAUUAUCAUUCAUACAUGUAUCCUCCACUCAGAUUUUAGACAAUCUCCUUUUUGUUCUAGUUUUCGCUACUACUGUUGUCCAUUCAAAACCUUCAUCAACUUUGCUCGACGCGCUGCUUAAUUCGAACUCAGAAUCCACUUCCGCCAUCUUUCCCUACCAACCCUCCGAACCCUGUCACAGCCACUGACAAAGCACAUGCCUGUAAUCGUAGCGCAGAAGGAGAGAGUGGUGUCAUCACAGUAGCACAUUCAGAGAUCGAUUUAUAGCCAUUAAUCUAAAAUAAUUAAUACAUUUUAAACAAACACUUUCUGUUUGUCAUAGACGGACAAGAUUAAUAUGAGAGGAAAGACAUUUACAUUACAUUUUACAUUUUAGUCAUUUAGCAGACGCUCUUAUCCAGAGCGACUUACAGUUAGUGAAUGCAUACAUUUUUCAUACUGGCCCCCCGUGGGAAUCGAACCCACAACCCUGGCGUUACAAGCGCCAUGCUCUACCAAUUGAGCUACAGGAGUCCACGACAAGUUCAGGAAGCCAAGUUAGAGCUCUAGACGUUCACAGCGAUGGGGGCAGACCUUUUGAUCAAGAGAGACCUUUAGAAAAUAUGCACAAAAUACACAAAUAUGUAUUUUACAAUUUAUAUGGAACGUAAAAUCUCAUAGUUAGUUGUUUUAUAAUUUGAUUUUACUAUAUUUAUAAAGAAUAUGUCAUUUCAAGCCUUAUUCAUACAGUUUAGUUGAAUAGGAAAUACAUCAUAUAAAUGUUUUCAUAUUUGUAUCAUAUUUGAAUUGUGUAGUUGAGCUUGUGUCCUCAAAAGUGACUACACCUCAGCAAUUUAUACCUGUUUUUACCAGAAAGGUGAGAUUUUAACCUUUCUUUGAGUAUGCAGCAUUACUAGUUAUUUGUGGCCCUCAUUUUCGAUUACAUUUAGUUACAUUUAACUUUUAAAUGUGGAGCUUAUGGUUACAUAACAUCACGUGCCCCGCCUACCUUCAAAAGUAUUCAACAAUCAUCAUAUAUUCGAAAAACACGGUUUCCAUCAUCAGUUGUUGCAAUAAAGAAAGUUCAACAAAAGAAAAAUCCACCCGUCGAACAGAUAAAAUGUUUGUUGAGAACAUUUCUCCUAUAUCUACCGUUUCCAUUACACAUGUCGAAAUGUUGUUGUUUUCUGGCGACAUUGCUUUUGUCGAAUAAACCUGGGUCAAUGGAAACCUGCCUAGUGUUUAUUGGGGCUGCUUUAUACCCUCCAUAGACCCUAGUGUAUAUCAGUGGUUCUCAACCAGGGGUCCUAGGAAAAGCAGAGAGAACUAGCAAAUAGAAAAUAACUGCACUAAGUCCAAAAUAGCUCACAUUAUGGAAGAGAAGUGUUUUAAAUACUUUCAAAUAUUACAAUGUUUUCAAUUUCACAUUUUGAAUGUUGACAAUAAAUUAAUAUUGAGCAGACCGUUUACUCUUAAAAAUUGGAUAUCUGAUGUAGGGGGUCCUCAGAAUAUCCGGAAGUGUUUUUAAGGGGGACUUGGGACAAGUUGUAGAACUGCUGUGUAUGUGACUGGGUUCAAACCCAGGUCUCCUGUGUGCCACAUGACUGUAGGUUGUAUAAGCCCACUGAGCUAAAGCCUAGGGAUAAGCUUAGGGAGAUAACGCAAGUCUUCAGGUCUCAGUCAAGGUUACUCAUCACACAAGCGUGAUUCACUGAACCAUUAACUUCAGACUAAACUAUUAUUUCCUGUACAGUCUAGUUGACACAUGUAGUAGCCUGCCUUGUUACAACAUUGUGUAGGCAUGAUACAGACUUGUCUAUUUUUGCAGCAUCCCAAGACGCAGCCCAAGAUAUAGAAACUUUGAAGAAAUUUAAGGUAACUCGCCUGUUGUGGUGUACAUUUCAAUUAAACAAUAAAAAAUGUACAAAUCCCUAACGUAACACUUUUCUCUUCCUUGCAGGUUUCACAUGUGUUGAAUGUUGCCUAUGGUGUUAAAAAUAGCUUCCCAGAUCUAUUCAGUUAUAAAACGGUGACCAUUCUGGAUAUUCCGGAAACAGACAUCACUUCAUAUCUCCAAGAAUGUUCACAGUUCAUAGAUCAAGCUAAAACUGAGGUAAUAUAAGAAUGGAGAUGUGCAUGUAUAAAUUAAUGAAUAUUUGUGUUUUUAACUGACCGUGUCAGACAGUAAUUGUGAUUUGCAGUAACAAUAAAACAAGUAAAUAAGGAGUGGGUAUGGUAUUUGCUAUGAAUAGUAAACUGUGCACUGUAUAACUUUUUGUUUAACUAUAACUGUGUAACACCUUGUUGCCACAUUUCUCAAGUCAUUAACUUAGAUUUUCCCCCCCAUUUUCUCUCCAGAGCGGGGUUGUCCUGGUCCAUUGCAAUGCCGGAGUCUCUCGUGCUGCCUCAGUAUUAAUUGGGUACCUCAUGGACAGAGAAGGUUUGGGGUUUGAUGAAGCAUUUGCCCUUGUGAAGGAAGCAAGACCCUCUAUCCGUCCCAAUCCAGGAUUUCAUGAGCAACUGAAGAAUUACAAACCGUAG